AGCUAGACCCAUGCUUGUUAUGCAACCAAGAACUUUUUUUGUAUGAAAUAAAAAACCCGAUUACCAUCCUCGUCUGUGGACACAUAUAUCAUCGCGAUUGCAUCGAAAAGUCCAUCAAAACACGUUCAAUAUGUCCAAGACCUGAUUGCAAGAAAGAGGUAGAGGCAAAGCCUCGAGACUAUGUCUCAUCUACGGUUGAUGGUACGCCUGGGAGUCAGAAUACCAGCGAUUUGAUGGAUGUAUCUCUGACAUUAUUUAGCGACUCCUUAUUAUUUCCAAGUCCGUCUAAAAAACGUGUUGGUGAACCCACCGGUAAACUAUACAGUAAGAAAUUGAAGAAGCCAGUUUCAAAGGAAAAUUCAUCCACGUUGCAAAGACUAAUCAAAGAAUUGGGAAUUAACGUUCCAGUGAAAAUUUUACCGACUAAACCAACAUCUAAAUCGAAUGAGAACCCAAUCGAUUUUCUAGCUUUGUACCAAAAUAUAAUCAAUAUCGAAGAAAUUAGUAAACAAACGAUACAAGAAGUCAUUCUUCACUAUUUCUAUUUUGGGAAAGCACUCGAGGAACGAUCCAAUCACUACAAAAAAAACAAUCCUAAACGUACGGCUCAAGGGUUAGUUAAUAAUGAGGUUAGAAUUCAACUUCCAUCAGUUAGCCCGAGCUUGCUUCGAAAAAUGAAAGAGCGGGCCCAAAAGAUUUAUGAUUUAUUUAAUGAAAUUGGAGUCGAUAAGAUCAAGCGGAUUCAGAGCUUUACAGCAGUAACCUUAUCAAGUAUUUCCCAGAAUGAUAUAGAUUAUGUUUUAGUCCAACUUUCACUUUCGUAA